AGCUACAGUCUGAAGUCACUGAUAACAAGACAAGGAGAGAACAUGGAGUGCCAGACUGAUUUAUUAGCUUACAUAAAGAAUACAGUACAUUAAUUACAUAAAAGUGUCAUAAUAAUAUUAGUAGAAAAGGUAGAUAUUGUAAUAAUUAUUAGUUAUAACAAGAGGAGUGAAGGUCCGACGCCAUCGGCACAACAGUCAUCACCGUGGCCAGCUGCCAUUAAAUAAUAUAAGUGAUUGAAGAUAUACCAACCCUCUUCCAUCAUGGGAAUGACGAAAAGACACUUCAAACGUCUAGUUAUUCUCCCUUGCAUCAUCAUCAUUCUCCAAGGGCUCAUUUUUAUAAAGAAAGUGCUUACAAUUGUUAGCAACUUUAUCGUCCAAAGAAAUGUACCCGCCGUGGUGAGGACUCCCGAAGAACGGUUCUGCGGGUUAGAAGCUGUUGGAUACGCGUUCAAAUCCCAUUAUGUUGCCCUGCCCAUUGGUGGAGGUAAAACUCUUCCCAGGGUUCACUAUGUAGAUGAAGGGCCUCGUGAUGGUGAGAUCAUCUUGUGUUUACAUGGUGAGCCUAGCUGGUCCUUCCUGUAUCGCCACAUGAUACAGAUACUUGUGAAGAGUGGAUUCCGUGUUAUUGCCCCAGAUUUUAUUGGAUUUGGGAAAUCUGACAAAUUUACAUUUCCCGAAGCCUAUAGUCAUGAACUUCACACCCAAACCUUGCGGUUACUCUUAGAUUACCUGGGAGUAAAUGAUGUAACACUAGUGUGUCAGGACUGGGGAGGCUUAACUGGUCUGUCUGUGGUGAAGGAUUCUCCACAUUUAUUUUCUAGAUUGGUUAUCAUGAAUACAGGUCUGCCAGCAGGUAGUGAACUUGCCAUUUCUACCAUCGCUCAGAUAACACCCUUCAUGGCUUGGCGUAGCUUUGCUGAGCUUCUUGGAACAUCAAUACCUGUAUACCAUAUCUUCAAGAAGGCAUUGAUGAACCCUUAUCCUGCAAUCCUAGAUGGCUACAAUGCACCAUUCCCAUCUUCACUGUACAAAGCUGGAGCUGCAAGGUGGCCACUCUUAGUUCCUCUGAACUCUCACACGCCAGUUGCUGCUGACAUGCAAGCCACUCGUAACUUCCUUGCCACCGAGUGGAAAAAUCCAGCUCUAUUAAUGUUCUCCACUCGUGAUCCUAUUACCAAGGGUCAAGAGAAAACCUUUCAACGGCUUAUACCACAUGCCAUCACCAAGACAAUAGAAGGAGCUGGACAUUUUCUUCAAGAAGACCAGGGAGAAGAAAUUUCAUCCCACAUCAUUGGUUUCAUCAAUAAGAAAUUUUAAGCAUAUGUUGGGAACAAUAUUUCUCGAAGAUAUAGAACAAUUUUGUUAUGCAUAUCAGUACAGUACUGAGGAAUGGGCCUGCUAUUGUGUGAAAAAAAAAUGAGAUCAGUGAAACAAUGCUGUUUAAAUCAGGACAUGCAGACAAUUUUCUUCUUGUAAACAGUAGACAAGCUAUGUUUAGGAACAUGAUCAGGCUUACAUAUAUUAUGAGGGCUAUUUUGUAAUUUUGUGCUCGAAUACUACAAUGAAUGUUAAAGGUGGUUAAAGGUUAACCACCUUUAGGUGGUUUGGUUAAGGUUUAUAUAUAAUAUAUAUAUAUUAUAUAUAAACAUAAAGGCAUGUUCUAAUUGCAGGCCAUGAGUGAUGAGCCUCACACAACUAUAAUGUUUUUGUUAUUACUAUUAUUUUCUGCCACAGACAUGGCCACACAUUUACAAUGCUAACCAGAAUAUAUACAUUUGCUUCUGUCCACCAUUGACAGGGUUAGUUCUAUUAAACAUCACUGAACUAUAUGUUUAACAAAUUUCUAACCCUGUCCAUGGAGGACACAAGAAAAUGAAUUGCUGUUUAGCAUUGUAAAUGUGUAGCCACAUCUGUGGCAGUUUUUUCUUUAUUAUUUACUACCAUUUGGUAGGUAGGUGUUAAGGCAGUUUAAAUGCAACAGAUGUACAGUACGGUGUAUUAACAGUGCUAACAUUUCAGCUCGUACUGCUGAAGCUUAAAGGUUAAGGGCAUUAAAGUGUUUUAUCAAAAUAGAAAUUUAUGGGUCAUGUGGAUCUAAAGUCUUGCAUUUGUAUAAAGUAAUUAAUAAUAAUUACAGUAUUACUGAAUAAUUUAUUCUAAUAGUAUAUACCCUAAUGUGAGCUCAAAAUAAAGGGGAUGAAAGCAAAAUGUGUAAAUUAGGCAAUAAACUAAAUUGGCAACCAUCCAUUAUUUGAGAGUAGUGAUUUAUAAGGAUUUUGCUCCCCAAAAAAUUUAAUAAACUAUGAUUAUAGA